GGCGGGGUAGGAGGUCUCUGCGCUGCGCCGGGAGGAGCUGCUAUGAGCCCGCGUGGCUGGCGGACCCGCGUCCUCGCAGCAGGGCGGCCGCUAUGUGAGCAACACGCCGGCUGCUCGCGCUAGUGUUCCCUCGCUCUCGGACGCUGUCUCCUCGGUCGCGGACUUGCGCAUGGCGGCCUGGUAGGCGGGAGAUGUGGACCACAGGGCUGCUGCUGUGGCUGGGGGCGGCGGGCGCCCUGGCCGCCGGCAACGACGUGCGCCGCCCCCACGACGGGGGCGGGGGCGGGCUGAGCCGCUGCCCCUGGGCGUGCUCCUGUGCCGGCCUGGUCGUGGACUGCUCGCGGCGCGGGCUGAGCCAGGUGCCGCGCAGCCUGCCGCCCGAGGCCGAGCGACUGGACCUCCAAGGCAACAACAUCACCGUCGUCUUCGAGACCGACUUCGAAGCGAUGAGCAACCUUCGCAUACUGCAGCUGAUGGACAAUCAGAUCCACACCAUAGAGAGAGGCGCGUUCCAGGAUCUCUCAUCGUUGGAGAGGCUGAGGCUGAACAACAACCAGCUUCGACGCAUUCCUGAUCAGCUUUUCGGGAACAUGCCUAAUCUUCUUAGACUAGACCUCAGUCACAACGAGCUGGAGGUCAUAGGCAGGAAGACGUUCAGAGGCGCCGUCGCCAUUAAGAACCUGCAACUGGACAACAACCAAUUGACGUGUAUAGACGAAAUGGCGAUCAAGGGCCUACAUUACCUGGAAGUGCUGACGCUGAACAACAACAACCUGACGGCGCUGGCCAAGGACAUGCUGGAGGACGCGCACGAGUUGCGCACGCUGAGGCUCGCCGACAACAACCUCAUCUGCGACUGCCACCUGGCGUGGCUCGCGCGCCGCCUGCGUCGCUCGCCGCGCCUCGCGCUCUACACGCGCUGCUUCUCGCCCAACCACCUCAAGGGCCAGAGCGUGGCGGACCUGCACGACCAGGAGUUCAAGUGCUCGGGCCUGGUGGAGCGGCCCGUGGGGGAGUGCGCGAGCCAGCCGCAGUGCCCGCACCCCUGCAGGUGUGCCAACGGCAUCGUGGACUGCCAGGAGAAGGCGCUCGCCAAGGUGCCGGACCACCUGCCGCCGGCCACCAGCGAGCUGAGACUGGAGCAGAACACCAUCACUGAGGUGCCGCACAAGGCCUUCACUCCGUACCGCCGCAUCAGUAAAAUUGAUCUCAGUAAGAACCAGAUCAGCAAGAUAGCGGCAGACGCUUUCGUCGGUCUGAAAUCUCUCACCACACUAGUGCUGUACGGGAACAAAAUAAAAGAUCUGCCUGCCGGCGUGUUCCAUGGUCUGACGUCUCUGCAGCUAUUGUUGCUCAAUGCCAACGAGAUAUCGUGCAUUCGAAGCGACACCUUCAAGGACCUCCACAGCCUGAACCUGCUGUCCUUGUACGACAACAACAUCCAGACCUUAACAAAUGGCACUUUCGACACCAUGAGGACUAUACAGACAUUGCACCUCGGCCGCAACCCCUUUAUCUGCGACUGCAACCUGCGCUGGCUGGCAGAGUACCUCCACCGCAACCCCAUCGAGACAUCAGGCGCUCGCUGCGACGCUCCCAAGAGGAUGCAGAGGCGGCGAAUUGAGUCCUUGAAGGACGAAAAGUUUAAAUGCGUGGAGGAGUUCCGCACCCGGCUGGUGGGCGAGUGUCUGGCCAACACGGUGUGCCCCGCGGAGUGCACGUGUACCGCCAACGUGGUCGACUGCUCCGGACGCAACCUGCACGACAUCCCCAAGGACAUUCCCAUGUACACCAGCGAGCUGUUAUUGAAUGACAACGAGAUCAGUCGUAUAAAGUCUGAUGGCCUUUUUGGGCGACUUCCAAAUCUCCAAAAGCUGGAUCUGCGGCGUAACAAGUUAACUGGCAUUGAAGAGAAUUCUUUCGAAGGAACAGCACAUCUUACUGAGCUCAUAUUGGCAGAAAAUCAAAUUCGAGAAGUCCACAACAAAAUGUUUACAGGCCUACACAACCUCAAAACUUUGUCUCUCUACAGCAAUGAAAUAACUUGCGUGAUGCCCGGCUCUUUUGACACCCUCACUUCUUUGCAUACUUUAAACCUGCAGUCAAACCCAUUUACCUGCAACUGUCAUCUUGCCUGGUUCUCUGAUUGGCUUCGCAAGAAGGACCUCGGUGGCGGGAGCCCUCGCUGCCAAGCUCCGCUGCAUGUGAAGGACGUUGCAAUCGCCGAUCUGCCAAGCCACGAGUUCAAGUGUGCCAGCGAGAGUGAGCAGGGCUGUCUGGGCGACAACUACUGCCCGCCCAAGUGCUCGUGCACCGGGACCAUAGUUCGCUGCAGCCGGGUCAAGCUCAAGGAAAUACCAAGGAGCAUUCCCCCGGAGACGACGGAACUGUACCUCGAUGUGAAUGAAAUACAAAUGAUACAUGCUGAUCGUCUGAGUCACCUCAAGUCGCUGACAAGACUAGAUCUGAGCAACAACCAGAUAUCAGUACUGUCCAACUUCUCGUUUGUGAACCUCACCAAGCUGUCCACCCUGAUCAUCAGCUACAACAAGCUUCAGUGUGUAGAGAGGGACUCGCUGGCUGGCUUGAAGUCUCUCCGGAUCAUCUCUCUACAUGGUAAUGACAUUUCAAUGAUUCCAGAAGGAAGUUUUGAUGACCUUCAUGCUAUUACACAUUUGGCUCUUGGCGCAAACCCCUUCUACUGCGACUGCUCCCUGCAGUGGCUGGCCGAGUGGGUGAAGAGGGACUACGUGGAACCAGGGAUUGCCCGAUGUGCGGAGCCGGCCUUCAUGAGAGACAAGCUGCUGCUGACCACACCAUCUUCUUCCUUCCAGUGCAAAGGCCAGGUGAGCAACGAGAUCCUGUCGAAGUGCGAUGCGUGCUUCACGUUCCCCUGCUCCAACGGCGGGGUGUGCCGGCCGCUGCCCCAGAGACGCUACCAGUGCCGCUGCGCACCGGGCUAUCACGGCCAGCACUGCCAGUUCAUGAUCGACGCCUGCUACGGCAACCCCUGCCGCAGUGGCGGCACUUGCAAGGUGCUGGAGGAGGGCCGCUUCAGCUGCCACUGCUCACCCGGCUUCACGGGGGACCGCUGUGAGAGCAACGUGGAUGACUGCCUUAGCAGUCGCUGCGAGAACAACGCAACCUGUGUCGACCUGGUGGAGGCCUACGAGUGUCGCUGCCAGCCGGGCUUCACGGGGAAAUACUGUGAAACCAAGAUACCGUUCUGCUCAAAAGAGUACAACCCGUGUCGCAAUGGCUCGAAGUGUGUCGACCACUUCACGCACUACACGUGCGAGUGUGCGCUGGGCUUCACCGGUGAGAACUGUAGCAUCAACGUCGACGACUGCCAAGACAACAUGUGCCAGAAUGGUGCGACAUGUGUGGAUGGUGUCAACGACUACGCGUGCAAAUGCACUGGCGACUUCACGGGCAAGUUCUGCGAGAUUGCACCCAUGGUGGCAAUGCUGUAUCCUCAGACAUCACCUUGUCAGCAUCAUGACUGCAAGAAUGGCAUAUGUUUUCAGCCAAUGGGAUCCAAUGAUUACAUAUGCAAGUGUACACCAGGAUAUUCUGGUAAGCGCUGUGAAUACUUGACCAGUCUCAGCUUCGUCCACAACAACUCGUUUGUGGAGUUAGAGCCACUGCGAACGAAGCCUGAAGCAAAUGUGACGAUGGUGUUCUCGACGGAGCAGGAGAACGGCGUGCUGCUGUACGACGGGCAGUCCGAACACCUGGCAGUUGAGUUGUUCAAUGGCCGUAUAAGAGUCAGCUACGACCUCGGCAACUACCCCGUGUCGACCAUGUACAGUUUCGAGAUGGUGUCGGACGGGCAGUACCACGUGGCGGAGCUGCUGGCCGUCAGGAAGAACUUCACCCUGCGCGUGGACCGCGGCCUGGCGCGCUCCAUCAUCAACGAGGGCCAGCACGAGUACCUGCGCCUCACCAGCCCGCUCUUCAUCGGGGGCAUCCCGCCCGAGCCCGGCGAGGAGGCCUUCGCGCAGUGGCACCUGCGCAACCUCACCAGCUUCAACGGUUGCAUGAAGGAGGUGUGGAUCAACCACAAGCCCGUGGACUUCACGAACGCGGGCCGCCAGCAGAAGGUGACGCCCGGCUGCGCGCUGCUGCAGGAUGAGGGCGAGGGGGAGUUGCGGGAGGUGGUGAUGGAGGAGGAGGGGCUGGGGGAGGUCAUGGAGGAGGAGGAAGACCCUUGCGCCCACCACCAGUGCCGGCGUGGCAGUAAGUGUGUGCCGCGCAGGCCCGGGCAGUAUGCAUGUCGGUGUCGGCCGGGCUGGGGCGGACGAUACUGCGACCAAGCAGCGCCCACCUGUCGCAAGGAGCAGACUCGCGAGUACUACGCAGAGAACGGCUGCCGCUCGCGCAAGCCUGUCAAGAUGGCCAAGUGCGAGGGGACGUGUGGCGCCAACUGCUGUCGUGCGCGGAAGACCAAGCGUCGCAAAGUGCGGCUCAUCUGCAACGACGGUACGCGCUACACCAAGGACGUGGACAUUGUGCGCAAGUGCGCGUGCACUAAGAAAUGCUACUGACUACCAGGCCCCUCCUUCACGCAACAAGUCGCCCUGCCGGCCGUCGAGGCGGUUGCCAGUGCGCAAAACCAGACCCUUGCGUCACGCCAACAUGGACAGAGCUAUGCAUCCUGCAUCAUCCGCAUCGGCGUCUUUUAUUUUGUAAAUAUUUCCAUCUUUGGUGCGAUAUUCAUUAUCAUCUCAUGGUCACUGUGCAUUUGUUUAUUUCUCCUCAUACCAUAAACAAAUCGUGGCAUAAAAAAUUAGUGAAACCUCAAUGUUUAUUGUUCAACAAAUAUAUUUAAUUGAAGCCAAAUUACAGCAUUAAUGUACAACUUAACUGCCACAUUAAUAAAUUUUAACAACUUAUUGGAAAAUUAUUUUUAAAUGUAAAAUUUUGAAGGGAUGUGUUACAAAACAUGUGGAUAUGAAUGAAAUAAUUUUAUUGCAUAAAAAAUUCCUUUCACUUUUAAUGUGGAAUAUUAUUUGUACCACUGCUUGAAAAAUUUAUGGAAUGAUUAUAAACUAGAACCUAUAAUCUCUGGUUGCAAGGCUGUUUGAAUGAGGUUUCACACCAGUAGCAUUUGUUAGCAGAGCAGCACUUUUACUGUGUUAUUUAAUUCAUUUUCUUGAAAACAGCAAGCUGAGGUGGCCAUGGGUAGUGGUGUACGUAUUAAUUUUAUUAGUGAAGUUAUUUUUCUGGUGUUACCUUAGUUGCGUGAGGUCAUAACGGGAGGGGCCUUCAGUACAAUACAGGACUCGAGAACUCAAACAGUUGGGAGAAAAUUUAACCACUCGUAAAUUAUGUUUCCUCUGAGCAUGUCGAAUUUUACAACUGUACAUAACAAACUCUAAAAGAAGACUUGAAUUUAUGUGAAAUAAAAACAAUAUGAGAGUGUGCGUGUUUUAAGUAUGCAAGAAGCCUCAAGUUUUCUAUGAACCUUGUAAGAAGUCAUCUCUUGUGCUUGAGCAUUUAUUUUCUUAAUUAAUUGUAAUUGUUUAGACAAUACUCAUUGCGUUGUGCAUUUUUUAUGUAAAAAAGGACACAUAGUAUGAAUAUUAUUUAUGACUUUUUGUUAACUAUAAAUAUGUAUAAUUAUUUGUAGAUAGAAAUUUAUGUAUGGGGUUGUGAUAUCUUUUCUUUGCAAUUGUUGAUUUUGAUGCUUAGUCAGUCUUCAUUUUCCUCAGAUAAUUCAGCUUUCGAAGUAGAAUUGCAAAAAUUUUCUUCAACCUUUCAAUGUGAUGCACUUCAUAAAAAAAAAAAAAAUUAAAAAUAGGCCCUACUAAUAGUACCUAUUCAGUGAUUCCAUAUAUUUUUACAAAUCAACUGGGAUCAAUGAUAUUUGAUAUGGCCAGGCUUUGUUAAACAGCUUAGACAUAGUUCCUAAGGAUUUUUAGCAUGCUCGAGCAAGUAAAGGGUUUAUACAUCAUAAUAGUGAAAGCAGUAAUACAUAUACACAAGAAUGUCACUAUAACUGCUACAUGAUAAAACAAUCUAUUUUCUCCUACUUUGUUAUAUCUGCUUUUACUUAAAUCUACUUGAAAUUUAAAUUUAUUUGUUGCUUGACUGUUUUUUUGUGCAGCACACUCAUUAAUAAUUUGCUGUUAAUUGAGCUCCACCUGAAGGCACUUCAUUUUACCCCACAAAAAAUUAACAUUUUUGUGAAGAUAAUUUUUUAAAUGUAAUGUAAUAUCAAAAGUUAACUUAAAAAUAAAUUUGGUCUUAUAGAUUUCUAAUUCAUAGGAUUGGUAAGCAUGCUUUGUGUGUUUUAAUAUGGUGUAAUCAUAUUUUUGCAUUAAAUAUUUUGAAUGUGCAGUGCUCUGUGAUGGUGCCAGGAAAACUUUGAGAUUAACUAUAUACACUCAAUGUCAAUAAAUAAUUAAUAUUUUAAUUAGUAUAGUACAAUAUUUGAGCCUCAUUUCGAAUCUGAAUCAGCUUAUUGAAGUGACAAACAUUGUGUGGUGAAUUUAACAUGCAAUUAUAAAGUUAUUACAAAAGUUGUAUUGAAAAUGUGUCCUAAUGUGCAUUAUAACAAGAGAAAAAAAAAACAAAAACAAAUAAUUUUCCACAUUUCUACAGCAGAGGAAGGAUAUCCUAGCCCAAAGUAUUUAAAACUAAAUAUACCACGUUGGGAGCAUACGUGACUGUGUUUUACAUAAAAAAUUUUAAUAAGUGUAACUAUAUUUAUUAUAUGCUAUACAUAUAAGUGAAGCAUUAUAUUUGAGUGUAUAUAUGAAAAAAUUAAAUAAUGUUUAGCUUCUUAGACAAGCAAUUCAUAAACUAAGAGUUCUGUUUUCCAGUUAAAGGAAUGCAGGCGAGUUUUAGAGCUUCGUAUGUAGAUAAUGUACUCUAUAUUCUAUAUUUUGCACUUAAUAACUGCUUGCUAAAUAGUUUUAUUUGUAUGUGAAGAUUUCUUUGAAAAUGGAAUACAAGCAAGAAUACUGUACAAGUAAGAAUUUUUUUAUAACAAAGUACAAGAUGUGAGAAACAUUAUCAGACUGAUGUCAUUAUAUGUAUCAUUUACCCUGCAACUAUUUGUAAUGUUCAACAAAUGAAACAAUAAAACUUCAUAGUUA